CAAGAUGGUAGUAUUUUGCAUCCUUCACACUGUACUUCACUGGCAGAAGGCGUGUUUAGCACUAAAUAUACAGGAAGCGAUCCCUGAGUAUUUCUCUUAUUACAGUCGUGCUGCGUAAAGUCUGCGGUGAUUUGCCCAGAGUUCCGGGUUGUAACGACACUACGUCAUGCAGGUAUUUGAGAACUGCUUGGUGGUUCUGGAAGUGAAGGAUCUGCCCUUCAAAGAAAAAAAGAGGUUAAAACUGUCAAUAACAGACAAUGGAGGCUGCAUUGCCUACGUGGUCAACAAGCAGUGCACUCACGUGAUCACAAACAACCUGGCCAACGUGAGCUCCAACCGCCAGCGUAGCAUCCAGAAGUACCAGGUCCCGGUGGUGGGGGUGGAGUAUGUGCACCGCUGCCUGGAGAAAGGGGCUCUUCUUUCUGUAAAGGAGUGCAGCCCAGUCCCCUUCCCUAGGACCAAUAUCCCCUCCCAAACGAAUGCAUCACCGUCUCCCAGCCAGCAAGAUUCGGUGUUUAAGGUGACUGGCCAGACACCUGUGGGAGAGAGGUCCAGAGAUCAGCCCAAACCACAAGCAUCUGCACCUCAGCAGAUGGAGAUAGAGGAGGAAGGAGACGGGAAGGAAGAUGAAGAGACAGAGAGUGGAACAUACCUGGGCAAGCAUAGAAUACCAAAUUAUCCCUCUAAUUUCGAUGUGGCCAAAUAUUCCAUUUUGGAAAAAGUUGGCCCAAACAAGAUGUGGUCAGUGCUGGAGCUGCACAGUUCCAGUGAUGAGACAGGGCGGCAGUACCGCGUGGUCCGAUGCAGGAGCGAGGGACCAGGCGGACAGGCCAUGGUGACUCGUGAUGCGCUGUUCCACUACCCCAGCUCUGAGAAGGCCCUCAGUAUGUACGACAAGUUGGAGAAGGAGCUUCUCCGCCAGGAUUUCAAACGGAAGACCACUCUGCCCCCUCAGUUUAAGGACAUGGGCUCCAGUAAGCUGCAUCAGCUGCUCCUGGAGGAGAAAAUGAACAGCGGUGCCAUCUCGCAGGAAGUGGGCGUGUUUGUGGAGCUGUUAUGGACAGAAGCCCUUGGUUGCCUGGGCAACAUUCUCAAGAUCCCCCUAACCAGCAUUAGUCUCAAUGAUGUGAGCAGGGCGGAGGGGCUGCUGCUGCAGAUACACAAGGCCCUGAAGGAGGGGAGCGAUCAGAAGCAGCUGGCAGAGCUCAUGGCUGAAUUCUACACUCUCCUGCCCCACAAGGAAGAAUUCGCCCCCACUAUGCGUGAGAUCUCCCUCAAACUGGACCUGUGCCAGUUAAUCAGGGACAUGCUGAAGGUGAGCGAGGCCACGCUGUGGAACCCCACUGCUUCCUGUCUGGGGAAGUACCGCGCACUGCGAUGCAGCAUCGAGCCCGUUCCCCCGGAGAGCCCGGACUUCCUGUCCGUCAGCAAGCUGCUCUGGGACAGACCGGUGCAGAUACAGCAGGUGUUCCGCGUAGGCAGGACGGUGGAGCUGCAGGCGUUUCGGGAUGACCUGGGGAACGUGCAGUCCCUCCUACACUCCUCUGCUCCCAGCAACUUUGUGGGAAUUCUUUCCCGGGGGCUGUUGCUGCCGAGAGUUGGAGUGGAGCAUCAUGGGAUAGAUAGGACAGACCUGGGGAACCUGGGUGGCGGAAUUUACUUCAGUGAUUCCCUGAGCACCAGCCUGAAGUACUCCAAGCCCGGCGCCACGGACGGCUCGCGCCUGCUGCUGGUGUGCCGCGUGGCCCUGGGGCAGUGUAAGGACCUCUGUAAGAAGGACCCGAGCCUGAGCUCGGCCCCAGAGGGCUACAACAGCGUGCACGGCGUCCGCCGCGCUCCCGCCGUCAUCUCUGACUUUGAGGACGACGAGUACGUGGUAUACCAGACAGACCAGGUUCAGAUGGAGUACGUGGUGCAGUUCACUUUGAAUGACGAACCGGUGAAGACAUUCCAGCCGACCGUUGACCUUUCGUCUGAUGUGGCUCGGGAAGCUUCCGCCUCUGACCUCUUGGCAGAAGGCGAGGAGGACAGUAUCGGGAGAUACAAAAAACGCCUGGAGGAAGUUACCGCCGGGCUGCUGGACAACACCGGCCAGCCGCUGCCCUUAAAGGCCGUACAUGUGAAGUGUAAGCUGAUGGAUCUGCUGACACAGGUCGUUAUUUUUCAGUCUUACACCAACCUGAGCCAGGUUCCUAUCGAGGCCAAGUACGUCUUCCCCCUGGACGAGUCUGCAGCGGUGUGCGGGUUCGAGGCCUUCAUCAAUGGGAAGCACGUAGUGGGACAGGUGAAGGAGAAGGAGCAGGCCAGGCGCGAGUACAGGCGGGCCGUUCAGCGGGGCCACGGCGCAUACCUGAUGGACCAGGACGCCCCCGACGUGUUCACCAUCAGCGUCGGAAACCUGCCGCCCGGGGCCACGGUUCUCAUCAAAGUCACCUACAUCACAGAGCUGGUCGUCAGGGAGGGGUCACUGCUGUUCUCCCUGCCUGGUAGCGUGGCGCCAUGGCAACAGAGCAAAGCCCUCAACCAGAGGACUCAGGUAUCAGUGGAGAAGGUGUGUGUGAAUGAGCUAAAGGGAGACGGAAUUUUUACCCUGGACAUGUCCAUCGAGAUGCCCUACGAGAUCUGGAACUUGUCUUGUGUGACCCACCGCAUUAAAAUCAAGAAAACAGACUGCAAGGCAGUGGUCAGCCUGCUGCCAGGGCAGACUCUUGGGCCUGGAGGGUUCCAGCUGUCCUUCACGCUGUCCCAGGUCCACCUGCCCAGGAUGUGGGUGGAGAACCACCCUGACAAAGACAGCCAGGCCUGCAUGCUUGUGUUCUACCCGCACUUCGAACCCAGAGCUGCAGCUGGUCCCGGGGGUGGGGGCGAGGGCGGCGAAGUGGAGGUGGUGAUCCUGUUGGACACGUCGGAGUCCAUGAGGGGCGUGGCCAUGCAGGACGCUCGCAGGAUUGCCGCUCAGCUUCUGAAGACACUGCGCCCUGAGGUCCGGGUCAACAUCCUUUCCUUCGGCACGGUCCAUAAGGAGCUGUUCCUGUCCUCUCAGUGCUGCAGCAAGGCCCUCUUACCUGCCACAAAGUUUGUAAUGUCCUCCCCACCAGUUGGGGGCAGCACUGAGCUGUGGAGACCCCUGCGCAGCCUGAGCCUGCUGCCACCAUCGAGUGGCAUUAGGAAUUUGCUGCUGAUUUCAGACGGGCAUGUUCAGAACGAGGCCCUCACCCUGAAGCUGGUUCGGGAGAGCAUCCAGCACACCCGCGUCUUCACCUGUGGGGUCAGCCCAACUGCCAAUCGACACAUGCUAAGAGCUCUGGCUCAGGCAGGGGGCGGAGCUUAUGAAUUUUUUGACACCAAGACAAAGCACACCUGGAUGGAAAAGGUCUCGUCGCAGGCGAGGCGCAUGGCCAGCCCCGGCUGCAGCUCGGUUUCGGUGAAGUGGCAGCAGUUUAACCCUGCCGCGGCCCCGCCCACUCAGGCCCCCGCCCAGCUGAACGCGCUCUUCAGCGGCUGCCACACCCUGGUGUACGGCUUUGUGCCCCAUUGCACCCAGGCCACCCUGUUCGGCAGGCUUAGCGAGCAGGAGAUCGAGACAGUGGUGUCCACCUCCGAGCUGCAGAAGACCAAGGGCACGCUCCUGCACAAGCUGACGGCGAGGGCGGUCAUCAGGGACUACGAGGACGGCAGCCUGCACGCAGACGAGGCGGAGCAUGAGGGAAAGAAAGAGGAGCUAAAGUCCUUCAUCAUCGAGCUGAGCAAAGAGUACUCCAUUGUGACCCAGUACACCAGCUUCGUGGCCAUUGAAGAGAGGGACGCAGGGAGACCAGACGUUGGUUUCACAGACAUUCCCAAGCUGGUUGCGGAGGAGGAUGUGGACUUUUUGCCGUACUUGGGCUGGGAGAAAGAGAAAGAUGCCGUGCCGUAUGCCGCUACUGUGAAGUUCUGUGUAAGGACCCACACGCAGACCAGGGAAAUCCAAGAAAACGUCGUCUUUAAUCAGUGCGAAGUUCGUAGCCAGGGUUCUAUAUCAGCUGGUGUCCACUCAAGUUCUGAAGACAUUUCAGAACAAGAUGAGGAGGAAUCGGAGUCAUUACUUGCAGAACCUGAACUACUCGGCAAAGAGUUUUGUGAAGAUGAGAGUGACUUUGCACCCCCUGACUUUGCACUCCCAGACAGUGCUCCGCCACAGCCUGGCCUUGACCCGUUCAAUCUGUGUGCCCGUGAGAUAGGAGCUCAGUAUUCCAGGAAGAAAUCCAGAUUUAGCUUGCCUGGUCCUGGGCCUGAUCGUCCUCCUCGUUGUCGUCGAUCUUGUGUCCGUGCUUCUGGUGCUUCUAUCCCUGCAGCUCCUCCUGCUUUUGCCCGUGCUUCUGGUGCUUCUAUCCCUGCAGCUCCUCCUGCUUUUGCCCGUGCUUCUGGUGCUUCUAUCCCUGCAGCUCCUCCUGCUUUUGCCCAUGCUUCUGGUGCUUCUAUCCCUGCAGCUCCUCCUGCUUUUGCCCGUGCUUCUGGUGCUUCUAUCCCUGCAGCUCCUCCUGCUUUUGCCCGUGCUUCUGGUGCUUCUAUCCCUGCAGCUCCUCCUGCUUUUGCCUGUGCUUCUGGUGCUUCUAUCCCUGCAGCUCCUCCUGCUUUUGCCCGUGCUUCUGGUGCUUCUAUCCCUGCAGCUCCUCCUGCUUUUGCCCGUGCUUCUGGUGCUUAUAUCCCUGCAGCUCCUCCUGCUUUUGCCCGUGCUCCUGUUGCUUAUAUCCCUGCAGCCCUACCUGCCAGUCAGAUGCGCCAGCAACAAAAGAUGGCCGAAACAUUAGUCGCGUUAGGUUCUUCCCGUCGCUGCCCUCCCAUGGCAAUGCCCCAUAUCAUGUCUGAUCGUCCUCCUCGUCUUCCUCGUCCUGUUUCUAAUUUUGUCCUUGCUUCUGAUGGUUAUAUCCCUGCAGCCCUACCUGCCAGUCAGAUGUGCCAGCAACAAAAGAUGGUAGAAACAUUAGCCAUGUCAGCUGACUCCCUUCCCUGCCCUCCCAUGGCAAUGCCCCAUAUCAUGUCUGAUCAUCCUACUCCUCCUCCUCCUCCUCCUGCUUGCUUUCGCCGUCGUGGUCUUCAUAUUAAUUCUUCUAUUUCUACUGGUCUUCAUCCACCCUCACAUGCCACUGAGACACAACAAAAACAACAACAGCAACAACAGAUAGCUGACCCUGAAGUCCCCCCCUUGGAUUCGGCAACUGUUAUCAGUGCCUAUCCCACUAGACCGAGGGCACUAAAAAAGGCAGCUGGCAGGGCUCUGUCCAAUAGGCUGGAAGAGGGUGCUGUCCAUUUAGGAUUUGGGGCUUCACAAUUUCCUCAACCUGCAGGGCCUUCAUUUCUGAAUGCUCCAUCACUUUGUGUCCAAAGCUUGCCAUUUGGGGAUGAAGCAUCUACUCUGGGUAUAGAGCGUCCAUCGCAGUUUGGGGGACCACCCAUCCAAGUGUCCUCAUUUGGGGCUGGACCAGGAAGUGCAUUUACUUCUGGAUAUUGGAGACCCCCUACCACCACACUGGUCUCUGGGUCACCUGGCUUCAAACCUGCAGGUGUAUAUUCAGGUGUAUCCUUUGAAAGCCUGGAGUGGACAUCAGGACUUGAAAAGGGGUUGACGUACCGCUUGAAGUCCAUGUCAAGCCGUAGAAAGGACAGGGCACGUGGGGUGUCCUGGGCAGAGCUUUUUGACCUUCAACAUCAAGACGGGUACUGGGAAUGCUCGGAGAAGCUGGGCUUCAUUCUCCAUCUGGAUUUAGUCUUCUUUGCCAGUGUCUUCCUGAAAGAAAAAGGAAUUGCCUCUCUGGGAGUGAGAGCUGGUGCUGACAUUCUGAAGCUGGUGGCCACACUGCUCGUGCUCCAGCUGCUGAGGCUCAUGGGACUGGCUGAGGGGGACCUUCUGAAGACCCUUUUCCGCCUGAAGGACACCAACGCCCCCACGUCACUGCGAGGGGAGGCGGUGAAGAGAGCGGUGGAGUGGGUGUCCAGGGCAGACAGGCAGUACCCCUGCCUUUGCACCAGGCUGGAGCUCGGCUUGGACUGGGAGUCUGUCACGCGCCAGCUGCUGGGCGCCGACUCGCUGCAUGUGUGCUCCCCUCUGCGUCCCGUUCUGGAGAGGACCAGACCAAUUUUAGCCCAGUGAGGGCCAGGGUUGCCUCUCCGGUGUUUCUCACCUCCUGCCUUUGUUACCCCAAUCCCCCUACCUGUCCCAUCUGUGCUCGAGCAGUCUCACCCUUACACCCCCAGCAUUCUUACCCAUAGUUCCCCCCUCCCCUACCUAUGUCACCCCCUGCCCCCCACUCUUCCAACUCUACUACUGCCUCACCCCUGAAAGUUGCUGUAGGUGACUUUCUUAACAAACGCAAUGUUGUGAAAACAUUUAAAUUUGAUUUAAAGUCAUAGCAUCCGUUGGCCCAGCCCACAGAGAAAGUGACAGACUUUGAUUGGUUCAGAUUGUAAACCACUUUCUUUUUAAAAACAAGAAUUCAGGCCAAAUCCCUGGUUUUAGAAUGCAGAAUAUGAGGGUAUAAACACAGUUUAUGGUGUUGGAUUUCUCACAGCAGCUUUUUCUAUGAUUACUACAAAUUAAGCAUGACCGUUCCCCCAUAUCUUUCAGCUUUAACUCCUCAACCCUGCCCUUCCCCAAUCUUUUUCUAAUAUCAAUAAGGCUGAAACAUCUUCAGCAAAGUGAAUACUCAAUCAUUACUUUUUACUCAAACCAUGUACUCACCUUAAUACAUACUUCUCACUCGAGUGAUCCAUCAUAUAUUUUAAUACACUCUGAAAUUGUCUAAUAUUUGUUUGAAGCAAUAUAUAUAUAUAUAUAUAUAUAUAUAUAUAUAUUUUUUUUUUUUUUUUUUUUUUUUUUUUUUUUUUGGUCAGUAAUUCAUAGUUUGCUCAAUAAUUAUCCUGCUUUCUGUCGAAAAUAUAUGCAUUUCUGGGGCUGCUUGGUGGCUCAUUCAGUUAAGACUCCACACUGUGUCAAAUCUGGACUGUGCCAGUGUUGACUGUGGCCGGUGGCUCCAUAGGGUGACCUGCAGUUGCUGAUUACAACAAUAAGGAUACGAGCGGGUUCGGUUGGAUUUCUCUGUAGCAACCAUGAACUACAUGCCAAAACCACACGAAAGGUCGUCUUCCAACUCCAGUUAAAUGUGAGCUUCCCUGCGGUGUGAAAAGAAGCAGACUGGCGACACCAUGUGUUUCGGAGGAGAACCGCAGUUGUCUACACUCUCCCGUAGUAGGAGAACGCAGUAGGGUUCGUGCAUGAAUGCAGGUGUGGCUGCAGAUAACUGUAACUUCCUAAUUAGGGUGGGAAUUGGAUAUGCAGAGCCUCACGUUGGGUCCCAAUUUUUUUUUUUUUUUUUUUUUUUAAAAGGGAACUUUUGAGAGUGCUGAGAAAGGACUGAUGCUCAGCUGAGAGAGUGAGGGGUUUAGCCACACUUGUGUUAACCUGUUAUAUGAAUUCUCAGGUGGUACACACAGCAUGUAUUUUAUGCUAGGUUGAGGACACAAAUGACAAGGGAUUAUAACAAUGCAUGCCAUUUGGUUUCUUAUUACUCACGUUAUCAGGGCUUGCUUCCAUGUCUGUUUCAUCCUGCCUGUUUCACCAACCUUCAGGCCAGGCUAGAGCAUGCCAAGUCUUCACUUGUGCUUUCUGCUUUUCCACUGUUUUUGUCAUACACCAAACAGGGCAAAAACGGGGCUACAUCUGUGCUUAAAUGCCUUCCCCACGUCCUGCUAGUUCUUGACUCUUCAGCAGGUUAACAAGAAUGAGUGCGGAGUUGAUGCUUAGAUAAGGUUAUCGUAUUUUCCUUAUUUCUUGGGGGUACUGUUGUAUGACGGUUUGAGAACUGGGCUUGGAACUGAAAUGUUGUGAUUCCCUGAGGGAGGCAUCACCAUUGCAGCCACACGCCAGAUAAUGUGUAUUACAUCAGUAAAUGCCCAGCUGCAUAGUUGAAUUGUAUGUAAAUAGAAUGUCAGCUGUAUAGCUCUGUGUGUAUUAGUGUCUACUAAAUGCCUAAAAUGUAAAUGCUCGUGGAGAUUUGGUACAAAGAAAACUUUUUAAUGUGUCCUCCUCCUUGGAGAAAUGUAGGCAGCAUCUGGUUUGGCCGUGGGAGCCACAGGGCUAUAGUUGCAUUUGACUAAAGGAAAUCCCUGGCACAAGGCUAUUAGACUUUGUAGAACAAGCUUUGGCAUGCCCUGCCCUGGUCCUAAAGUGGGAAAUUGUGUGCUGUGAAGAAGGAUAUCAGAUAAAUUUACUUACAUAGUUAAUGUAGUGCAUAAAUUGAAAUGGUUGUAUACUCAUUCUUAAUGUGAUACUCUUCAAAUAAUAAAUUAUAUCAAAAGGAA